AUGCCCAUUCCCAAAUUCAAAGUGAAGCUCAGGUUCAUUCCUGUCCCUUCGUAUCCCUCUACAACUCGACGUACACCCCUAGUGCCGAUGCGACGGCCACCAGCACCUCCUCCCUUCUCCAAAGCUUCCCUACCGAAACUCAUCAGCACCAUCCUGGUGCGCUUCGGCCUUCUGAACACGAAAACCGCUUGGCCUCUCCUCCUGUUAGGUAAAGAUACCCAGCCAGCGGAUCUCAGUCCAGUCAUCACCCUUAUCAGGUCAUCGGUCAAAGACCAAACAGAUGCCGGACUGUACUAUCUUCUAUUGCACAAGCUUGACGAACACUUCGCUCGGCUGGCUCCUCUGCAGGCGACUGCGCAGAUGGAAAGUGAGUCGGGGAGACAAUCAGACCGUGAAUCUCUCCACGCUUUGGAAAGCGGGUGGGAGAAGUAUGAGUAUCGACAGGAGAUGAGGAUACGAGAGGAUGGGGAGAGGGAUAGGCGGGGGAGGUAG